AUAUUUUAUAUAUUCCUCGAGAAUAUAAUCAAAUCAGAAUUAAUUCAAAAUGAAUACGGGAGGAGAUUCCUUAUUAAAUAAACCCAAGACCGAGAUGACUGCCGAGGAAUUAGAUAAAAGGGAGCAAGAAGAGAUGGAAACUGGACCUCUUUCUGUUCUUUUAAAUUCUGUGAAAAAUAAUACCCAAGUUUUGAUCAAUUGUAGAAACAACAAAAAGCUUUUUGGGAGAGUAAAAGCAUUUGAUAGACAUUGCAACAUGAUUUUGGAAAAUGUCAAAGAGAUGUGGGUAGACCGACCAAAGGCUGUUAAGGGAAAGAAAGGAAAACCUGUAAAUAAAGAACGGUUUAUAUCAAAAAUGUUUCUAAGGGGAGAUUCUGUUAUUAUAGUGCUCAGGAAUCCAUUAGCACUUGCGAAAUAAUUUAAAUUUAUAAUGUAAUAUAAAUAUAUAUAUAUGUUUCUUCCUUA